UUGUUUUAUUUUAAUGGUUAGUUGAUUUUUCAUGGAAAAAUAAUCCGAGAGAACAGUGAAAAGACCAGAAAAGUGCCACCAAACACCAGUACAGGCAAAUGUGGGACCAUCCUUUAACAUCGUCUUCGCAGCUUCUUCAACUGAUUGAAAUACUCUACCAACAAUAGUCUCUGAUUUCUUCUUCAACUUUCUCUCGGUUAUGGUUUUCUGAGACUGAACUUAAACAAGAAGAAGGGGGAAGAAGGAAGAAGGAGAUGAAGAUGGGAAUUGCAGUGGCAGGUGUUGAUGUGUUGAGUGAAAAAGCGGCGAUGAUGAGAGAGUCUCUGCAGAAGAGUCAAACCAUCGCGGACAACGUCGUCACCAUUCUAGGCUCCUUCGACCACCGUCUCUCGGCACUUGAAACUGCCAUGCGUCCAACUCAGAUUAGAACUCAUUCCAUUAGGAAGGCUCAUGAGAAUAUUGAUAGGACUUUGAAGGCUGCGGAGGUUAUAUUGGCUCACUUUGAUCAAUAUCGUCAGGCUGAGGCAAAAAUACUUAAAGGGCCACAUGAAGACUUGGAAAACUAUCUUCAAGCAAUUGAAAACUUGAGAAGCAAUAUUCAGUUUUUUGGCAGUAAGAAGGGUUUUAAGAGCACUGAUGGCAUUGUUGUUCAUGCUAAUAAUUUGUUAGCUAAGGCUAUUUCAAAGCUAGAAGAUGAGUUUAGGCAGUUAUUAUUAUCUUACAGCAAACCUGUGGAACCUGAGCGUCUCUUUGACUGCCUUCCAAACUCAAUGCGACCUUCAUCAGGAUCACCUCACCAUGAGGGUGGUCCCAGUGGCAAGAUACCUUCUAAUCACCAUUCUGAGUCUCACAACAAUAAUGCCGAUGCUGUUGUAUAUACCCCUCCUGCUCUUAUACCACCAAGAUUUUUGCCACUGCUACACGAUUUAGCUCAGCAAAUGGUUGAAGCUGGUCACCAACAACAGUUACUCAAAAUAUACAGGGAUGCCCGUUCUAAUGUGUUGGAAGAGAGCCUUCAAAAACUUGGAGUUGAAAAACUCAACAAAGAUGAUGUUCAAAAGCUGCAAUGGGAGAUCUUGGAAGCUAAAAUUGGAAACUGGAUUCAUUUCAUGCGUAUAGCAGUGAAAUUGUUGUUUGCUGGUGAGAGGAAAGUUUGCGAUCAGAUAUUUGAAGGCUUUGAUUCACUCAGUGAACAGUGCUUUGCUGAGGUGACGAAAAACAGUGUUUCUAUGCUACUCAGUUUUGGAGAAGCAAUUGCCAAAAGCAAGAGAUCCCCAGAAAAGUUAUUUGUACUUCUGGACAUGUAUGAAAUAAUGCAAGAGCUUCAUUCUGAGAUUGAAACUCUUUUUAAAGGCGAAGCUUGCUUUGGAAUAAGAGAAGCUGCAACUAGUUUGACAAAACGUCUUGCACAAACAGCCCAAGAAACCUUCGGAGAUUUUGAAGAGGCAGUUGAGAAAGAUGCUACCAAGACUGCUGUAACAGAUGGAACUGUCCAUCCUCUGACAAGCUAUGUUAUUAACUAUGUGAAGUUUUUAUUUGACUACCAAUCCACCUUGAAGCAACUUUUUCAGGAAUUUGAAGGGGGUAAUGAUUCUUCACAGCUAGCAUCUGUAACAGUGCGAAUAAUGCAAGCUUUGCAAACUAAUUUAGAUGGGAAAUCAAAGCAGUAUAAAGACCUUGGAUUGACACAUCUUUUUCUCAUGAACAAUAUUCAUUACAUUGUCAGAUCGGUUCGAAGAUCUGAAGCCAAGGAUUUACUGGGAGAUGAUUGGGUACAACGACACAGGAGAAUUGUGCAGCAGCACGCUAAUCAAUACAAGAGAAAUGCCUGGGCAAAGAUUCUUCAGUGCCUUUCUAUUCAGGGCCUUACCUCCUCAGGUGGUGGAAGUGGUACUGCUGGUGGUGAUGGUGCAACUGGAAGCAGCAGCGGUGCUUCAAGAGCAAUUGUUAAAGACCGGUUUAAGGCAUUCAAUGUUAUGUUUGAGGAACUUCAUCAGAAGCAAUCUCAAUGGACAGUUCCGGACACUGAGUUGCGAGAGUCUCUCAGGCUUGCAGUUGCUGAAGUCUUGUUGCCUGCCUAUAGAUCCUUUGUCAAACGAUUUGGGCCACUAGUGGAGAGUGGAAAGAAUCCACAGAAGUACAUCAAAUACACUGCAGAAGAUUUAGACCGCAUGUUGGGUGAAUUUUUUGAAGGAAAAAACAUGAAUGAAACUAAACGAUAAAAUAAUUGCUAAUAAGGUUGCAUUUGUUGGCCGAAAAGGAAUUUGCCAUUUUCGUGUUUUGGAUAUUGCAACGAGUGUGAUAAGAUGGUGAUUUUUCUGCUUCCGUACAUUCUCUGUAUAGGUUCAUUUGAUU